GAGACCAUCACACCAAGCUUCAGUCUCCAAACUUCCACAGGCUGCAGAGGAGAAGCUGCUCGACAUCAGACUGCUGAUUCAACAUGCUGCACGGUCUCUCUCUAAGGUAGGAACUCAUGAUGGGACUGAAACAAGAAUCUGCUCUGUUAACUUUGAAGGAAAUAACACCUUUUCUUCUCAAACUCUGCAGAGUUUCAUGGAUCUGUCUGCUGUUAUUCAGCAGUGGAGCUUGUUUUCCUGCAACUUCAGAAGGUCAGUUUGGUGAAACUUCUCAAGAUGUCCACAUUCAGACUCUAUAUUAAUCCAAACUUUUUUUUCAGAUUACCGGUAUCCCUACACUGAGGCCUCCAGUGAUGAACCAACUUUCCAGUCAAGUUUGGAGGAAUCCUCUCCUGACUUUGGCACUGAGUCCACUGUUGAGGAACUGUCUCCUCGAUCUGGUGCUCAAUAUGAACCAUCUUCAACCCAGAAGCCUGUAGUUGCCCAGCAGGCCCCAGUUGCUCAGCAGGCUCCAGCCCAACAAGCUCCCUCUGGUUCUGGAGCCGCCAGCUGGCCAAGUUACCAGCCGAGCAGCUUUGUGAGACCGGCCAGAGCUCCUCAGAGUUCAGGUUAUGUCAGUGCUCCAAGCUUCUCCAUGAAGCCUCAGUCUGCUGCUAGCUCUGGACAUUUCGCAGCACCAGUUUCUUACAGCGCCCCCACAAUGUCGUACGGUGCUCCUGCAGCCUCUCAUGGUGGGUAUGGUGCUGCUUCCUACCCUGCUGGUGCUGCUCCAGUUUCUUACAGCGCCCCCACAAUGUCGUACGGCGCUCCUGCAGCCUCUCAUGGUGGGUUUGGUGCUGCUUCCUACCCUGCUGGUGCUGCUCCUGGUGGCGAAACAAGAGUCGUCUAUAGUGGCGCUCCAAGCUUCAGGUUUGACGGUCCUACUUUUGCAACCGAGUGGGCAGCUCUGCCAAGUAUCGGAUUCGAGUCCUUCGACCCAAAUGGCUGGAUGCCGUCUCGUUCCUUCCCUGACUUCACCGUGUGGGGCCCUGCAGAAGAAGAACCAGCAAACCCUGAUGGAAAAGGCAAAGGAGGUAAAGGGGUGCAGGAUGAGGAGGAGGAAGAGCAGGAGACCUUCUCUGUGCCAUCUUCAUCCUACAUCGUCCAGACCAGGAACGGCUACCAGAGAGCCAGACAAGUCACCUCUCACAUGAACUACUCCCCAGAGCUCCCUGAACCAGCAGUGAUCUACUACGAGGUGAUCCAGAGAGCAGAACCUCAGGAUGAACAAGUGAAGGGAGGCAAAGGAAAGAAACCUUGAGGUGAGACUUUGCAGCUCCUCAAACAUCCUGUUCUUCUCCUUGUUUUCAGUCCUGACUAACUGACUUUGUCUUACAGGGCUCUGGACUUCGAUCUUCAGCCUGUGUGGAAAUUAAACUGCAGAAUAAACAAACUUAAACCUGAACUUUGACUUGU